UUCACAUAUGAUAAAGUAUAGUAUAACGAAUUCAAUUAUUCUUAUUGUUAUAUACCUUUAAAAUAUAGUAUAUAAUUAUAAAGUUAAUGGUAAAAAACACACCUAGACUAUCACUUUUUAUUGAGUUACAUGCCUCAAUUAUCCAUUGUUUCCUUUAUUUACCUAAACUGUCACUCCCGUCAUAUUAAAACACAUCUCGAUGCUAGUUUAGGUAGGUAAAGGAAAGAAUGAAUAGUUGGCCAACUCUGCAUCAGGUGUGUUUUAAUACAAAAGGGAGUGUUGAAAUUCAAUCAAGAUUACUAAUCCAAAGUUAUUUAGGAUUGGUAUUUGGUAGUAGUAUUUAUUUAAUCCAUAUCUACUUAGGAUUUACUUAUCAAAUUCAUAUUGGAAUAGGUUUUUUUAAUCCUAGUCUAUUUUGGUUUUCAAGUAUUAUAAAUAGAGACACUUUGUCACCUAUUUUCAUUAUAGUAGGGUUUAAGAGUUAUUGAGUAAAGCCUCCUACAUCUUCUCUCCAGUUUGAUAAAUUUCUUACAUAUAGCCAUUAUUGGGUCUUUCACCCAUAUUAUUCCUUUGAAUAUUUUGAUAAAGAAGGUUCUGUGACUUGGGCGUAUAAUUCGACCUGUUGAAUUAAGCUGUUUGAGUCUCGGUUAGCUUUGAAGUGGUAUCAAGAUGCACUGCAGCACUUUCUCUCCCGGGUUACAGUUUUGGCUGAAUCAGCUAGGUCAUAGUUCCUUUUAGUGUUUUUUUUUUCUUUACUAGUCAUCCUGAGACAGAAAAACUCCACUUUGUUUAUGUGCGUGUCGUCCCUGUACUCCAAUAAAUAAGAGCCCUACGUGCUAUUGAAGCUGCUAAAAUGGAAAGGUUCCAGAUAAUUGAGGAAGUUGGUAAUGGUACGUUUGGAAAUGUUUGGCGUGCACUUAAUAAACAGACUGGUGAAGUGGUUGCGAUUAAAAAGAUGAAGAAGAAUUAUUAUUCGUGGGAAGAAUGCAUAAACUUGAGAGAGGUCAAGUCUCUGAGAAAAAUGAACCAUCUGAAUAUUGUGAAGCUCAAGGAAGUGGUUAGGGAGAAUGAUAUUUUGUACUUCGUGUUUGAAUACAUGGAGUGCAAUUUAUACCAACUUAUGAAGGACAGAGCAAAGCUUUUAUCAGAAUCCGAAGUAAGAAAUUGGUGCUUCCAAGUAUUUCAGGGACUUGCUUACAUGCAUCGACAAGGAUAUUUUCAUCGCGACCUUAAGCCAGAGAACUUGUUGGUUACGAAAGAUACAAUUAAAGUAGCUGAUUUUGGUCUUGCUCGGGAGAUCAACUCUCAGCCUCCAUAUACGGAAUAUGUAUCAACACGUUGGUAUCGUGCUCCUGAAAUUCUUCUCCAGUCACCAAUCUAUGGUCCUGCUGUCGAUAUGUGGGCAAUGGGUGCUAUAAUGGCUGAGUUGUUUAGUCUUCGUCCUCUGUUUCCGGGCUCAAGUGAAGCAGAUGAGAUCUACAAAAUAUGCAGUGUCAUUGGGAGCCCGACCAAGAGAGACUGGGCUCUGGGACUUGAACUUGCUACUGCUAUUAACUACCAAUUUCCACAGAUUGCUGGUGUAGAUCUCUCCUUGCUAGUUCCAUCUGCCAGUGAAAAUGCUAUUAGCCUAAUCAAGUCACUUUGUUCAUGGGAUCCUUGUAAGAGGCCGACGGCGAUUGAUGCUCUUCAGCAUCCUUUCUUCCAGAGUUGCUUUUAUGUACCUCCAUCCCUACGCGCAAAGGCUGCUGUUGCUAAGACUCCUCCUUCUGCUGGCAUGAUGAGGGGUGCAUUGGAACAGAAGUACAAGUGGUCGUCUGGGUUGUUGCACAACCCUAAACCUAGUGGCAACUUCUCUACUGUCAAGUCACAGGUGCCCUUUAACACAGGUGUACAAAGGAAGCUGGAUAUGAGUUAUCAGGAUGCAACGAGGAACGAUAAAUCCCUGCAACGUUCUGUUAACCAACAACCAAAAUAUCGACCUCCUGGAAGGAACGUUCCAAUGGUUGGUUCUGGAGUGAAGAGUUUUGUUGUUCCUGAUGCAGCUGAGAAACUGGUGAACGUGAGCAUUUUCUCUGGUAGAGGACCUAUAAAGCAGCCAAGAGAUAUUUCUAUUUCUAUUAUAUAGAAAGAUGAAGCCAAGAACGACCAAGGGUAGUUUUGACCAUUCACAAAAACUAUCAAUAACUCCAGUCCGAUAUCACUGGCAAGUUGCAGAGUUUUGAUUUACUCAAUGCCUCGUGUGUGCAUCAUAACGUUGAAGCAAAAGAAAUCACGUGUAUGUUUCUAAAUAUGUGAGCCCUAUUUUAUUGCUUGCCUUAGGAAGAUUAUCAGACAAGUAUUUCUUUUUCCCCCUGGAUCAGAUCACUAUACAAGUUGUAAAUUUAGCAUUCAAGACAAAUUCAAAU